CACUGUUGUCAUUAUUCUCGUUUUUCCACUGCAACUCGAUGGCUGCUAACGACCCUGGCCUUGCGCCUCUCAGCGCGCCUGCUGAAGACCCUGUGAAAGGCGCCGUGGACAUCCCUAUCGAUACAGAGACACCGGUUGCGCCCGACCAAUUCGACCCCAAAUACGAGACGACCAGGAAAGAGAUUUGGGCGUACUACACCUACUACGUUGGCGACAAUGGUCUUACCCUGUUCAACUUUGGCCCCACGGCUUUCCAGAACCUGAUGUAUCAAGCCGCUGGGGACUCUGAGAUCCUCCACUUCAUGGGGAAAGACAGAACUAUCAACAGUAUUGUCCUUCUUUGCAAUGGCAUCAGUUUCGCUAUUCAGAUUGUGGUCUUCCUCAUCCUAGGUUCUUUCGCUGAUUUCGGCACAUGGCGACCAAACAUUCUGAUCGUACUGUCCAUGAUUGCCUUCGGUAUCGGCUUUGGCUGGUUGGGCGUGCACACUGAGCAAGAUUGGCACAUUGGUGUCGGGCUCUACAUCGUGGGAUUGAUUGCCUACCAAACAACCAUCACAUUCUGGACUGCCGCGUUCCCAGGCCUAGCGAGGAACACCAAAGACCUGCGCAUGAAGGCUGAUGAAUUCGCUGACGGACGAAUUACGCGCGCAGAGUACGACUUCGCGGAUAUGAUGAAGAGGAACGAGUUAUCCAACACGGCCUUCUACGUACAGUCCGUCUUCGAAAUCGCCAUCUUGGCCGCGAUCGUGGGGAUCAUGUUUGGCCUACACGUCAACGACAGCGAGGCAAACAACAACUGGGGUCUCUCUGUGCUCAUCGCUUUCGCUACCGGCGUUUGGAUCCUCUGCGCUAUCCCCUGGUUCGUCCUGGAAAAGAGGCGUCCAGGUCAGAACCCGGGACAAACGAAUAUCAUUAUCGCAGGGUUCAAACAGCUUGGAUACGCAAUGAGUCAAAUAUGGCAGUUGCGUCAGAGUCUUGCAUAUCUUGUUGGCUACUUCCUACUAGGCGACAGUCUCAACACUACUGUGACGGUCAUUGGAACUUUGCAGAACGAGAUUGUGGCAUACAACAGCUUGCAACUCACCUACCUUCUCAUUGUCGGUAUUGCUGCGCAAGCUGUUGGUAUUGGCGCAUUCUGGCAGAUACAAAAGCGAUACGGACUGUCCACCAAGACCAUGUUCAUGGUGAUAGCUGUGUGCAUCGUGCUGUUGGAUGGCUGGGGCAUGAUCGGCAUAUGGACGCAGUCUUUCGGCUUCCACAAGACGUGGGAGGUCUGGGUGUACCAGGCAUUCUACGGCCUGCUCGUUUGUCCAUGGUACAGCUACUCGCAGACCAUGAUCAGCGAAGUCACACCACGUGGCAAGGAGUUCCUGUUCUUCAGUUUGUUCUCGAUUGUUGGCAAGACAAGUGCCUUCAUUGGCCCCUUGGUCAGCAGUGCCAUCAUUGACGAUACUGGCAACAACAGUAGUCCAUUUUACUUCCUGUUUGCGUUGAGUUUCGUCAGCUGCGCAUGGCUCUACUUCUUUGUAGAUGUCGAGAAGAGUAGGGUCGAGCAGCAGGAUUUCUUAGAGAGGGAGAAAAGCGGCAAGAUGGAGAUUGUCAGAGUUUGAGAUUUAGUCUGCAGCGAGAAAGCUCUAAUCGAUCCGAUUGUAUUGCAUGAAUACGCACAAAAUCGUCAAAGGGGACCAUUAGAUUAUGACGAUGUAGCACUCUGUCUUGUCGGAAGUACAGAGAGUGGGCCUCGAGAAAAUUCACCUACAUGGCAAAACUCCGGAUCGCCCUCACUUUUGUUGCGGUAUUUUUCAGUCCAUGCAAGACCCUAUUACCCUUGCUUAGACUGUUCUGAACUAGCACGUUCCAGAGUCAGUAUAUAGUCGUCUUCUCCUCACUAGAU